UCUUACUAUUCGCACAGCGGCCUGAGUUUUAUAAGUUCACUUCCUUUGAGCCCUCGUCUGGCCUCUGGAACUUUCACCGCGUUGACACAAAGAGCUCAAAAGGCUUGUAGCCGCCAGGAGAUCUCAGCCUUAUGGUUGAAUUAUGGUUUGAAAAUCAUUACAUGGGGUUUCUCUCAGGCUUUUGCGGUUGCUUGGCGAAGAGACUCAAAGGCGGCGCCGGCGAAGACGACGGCGACGACGCCGGAGAGUCGUCGGACUUGUUCUUCGAGCUUCGGACGCUGCAAGUCGCCACCAAUUUUUUCUCGGACUUGAACCAGCUCGGCCACGGAGGCUUCGGCCCUGUCUACAAGGGAUUGAUGCCGAAUGGCCAAGAAGUGGCUGUAAAGAAGCUAUCACUAAAUUCAAGGCAGGGGAUGAAAGAAUUCACUAAUGAGGUGAAAUUAUUAUUGAAAAUUCAACACAAGAACUUGGUGACUUUGUUGGGAUGUUGUGUAGAAGGACCUGAAAAGAUGCUGGUAUAUGAGUAUCUUCCAAACAAGAGCCUUGACUAUGUCCUUUUUGAUAAAAAGAAGUCUUCAUCCUUGGAUUGGUCGACACGAUUUCGAAUCGUCCUAGGCAUUGCAAGAGGUCUUCUCUACUUACAUGAAGAAGCUCCGGAAAGGAUUAUCCACAGAGACAUUAAAGCUAGCAACAUCUUGCUAGACGAGCAGUUAAAUCCAAAGAUCUCAGAUUUUGGCUUGGCUAGGCUUUUCCCUGGGGAAGAUACCCAUGUAAAUACAUUUAGGAUUUCUGGUACUUAUGGCUAUAUGGCUCCUGAAUAUGCACUGCACGGAUUUCUGUCUGUGAAGACUGAUGUGUUCAGCUUUGGAGUUUUAGUUUUGGAGAUUGUGAGCGGAAGAAAGAAUCAUGGUAGGAAUCUUGGUGGAGAUAACACAGACCUCUUAAUCUAUACAUGGGGGCUGUAUCAAGCAGGGAAAACACUGGACUUGGUUGACCCAAGUCUGACAGGGUGUAAUCCUGAUGAGGCAGCAAUGUGCAUUCAGCUGGGGUUGCUAUGCUGCCAAGCAACUGUUGCAGACAGGCCUGACAUGAACUCUGUUCAUCUGAUGCUGUCCAGCGACUCAUUCACCCUGCCCCGGCCUGGAAAACCCGCGAUCCAAGGGCGCAGAGAGCGGUGGACCACUACCUCCACUUCUGCUCUCACUAGCACUAAUAACAAUGCUAGCAGCAGCAGCAUCACAGCCGCCACCAAAGCUUCUGUAGGCAGCAGCUUUAUUGAGGAUUAUUCAAGAAAUUCCAUCUCUUAUUCUUCUAUUGACGAAGGUAGAUGAGUUAGUUGUAAGAUCUCCCUCCCUCCCUCCCUUCGCAUGUUUUUUCAAAGGUUUUCUGUAAAGCCUUAUUAUUUUUCUUUCCUCGCCCGGCGGCCCAUAUUUAUGUAAUUAUUCAAGUAGAUUAAUUCUUUGGUAGUGUUUGAUUUUCAUUAUUGAUAUUUUCUUA